AACUACAGUAAAUCAAUCGAAUGAUUAUUCGAUUAAUGUUUAGAUGCAUAUUAUCAUAAGUUGUUCAUCACAUGGUAAUAACUUAGAGAUACUUCCUGACUGUUGUCCGUAGAAACAUGGCGGGUCACUGUCGGUGUGCGGUGGUAUUUUUAUUCGGCCAGUUUUAAAACGUGGAAGUGGGGUUUGGCAAAUUAAAAGGGCUGGGUUUUUUAAAUGUUGGCGCUUCUGAAUGGAGCUACUGAAUGGGAUAAACCGAAGUGUCUUUUAGCAAAAAGUCAUGUUUCACACAACAGAGAGACUCGGGGCUGAAGAAAGUUCGAGUAGCGGUGUAGUUUCCACUGCUAACAGCCGUAGCUUUCAUAUCCGACGGGGCCUUUCCACUCAAGACAGAGGACCAAGAGGAGGAAUAUUCAGCUGGACAGAUACGGAGGAGGACGUCCAGUUUGAUACCUCAGACUCGGACAAUAACUGUGAAGUGUUGCUGGCGGGGAGACAGUAUCCAUCGAUCCAGGAUUUUGCCUCUGCCAUUCCCAACCAACUGCUGCUGGGAUCUCUACUGGAACACUUGUGCUUUGUGUACGAGAGUGAUCCUACACGCUCACGCAUGCUGUUUAAGGUGAUAGGCCAGCGUUUAGCAGCCAUGAACCUCCUGUCACCACUGGCUAUCAGUGAUGAGUUUAGUACGGUCCGACUACAGCAUAACCGGGCAUUCACAGAGCUCCUGCACGCGACCAGCUCAUCUCUCUUCCCCCAGGAACAUAGAUACUUGAAUACAGAGGGCCAGAGCCUAAGACAUAUUGAAAAUGUUACUUGCUUCAGGUGUACACAGGAAAACACUAUCAGCAGCAAUGGAUCGUCCAUUGUUUUUGAACAUUCUGAAGAAGCAGAAGCCAAAGAAAAUCAGGUUGCAUUAGAGAGCCUCUCAGUGAAACCCUCAACUUCAAAAGAAGAGAUGGGACAUGCUGUUUGCCCAAAAAAUGUCCGCAACCCACAAAACUUUGUUCCAUGUGUGUUUCUGGGAAAGCCACGUGCUACAGUGAACAAAUGCCCUGCAGCUAAAUGGGAGAGCUCAACACUCUCACUCAGUCAAAACAGACUGGAAUUGAACAAUAACUCUUACAUUGAUAUGGACACUGCUGAAUGGUCCGAAAAGCAGGCACGCGAGGUUCAAUUCCACUUAAUGCUUUAUAUACAAAUGCAGCUGUGUGAGCGAUCUUUGAAAGACUGGAUACAUGAAAGAAACUUAAGGACCACAGAGGGACUCUUGAUGUUAGUAGAUCCUUGUGAGUCAGUUGACUCUGAACACGCAUUGAAAAUUUUAAAGAAAAUACUUGAAGGAGUGGAGUACAUUCAUUCCCGUGGUAUUAUGCAUAGAGACCUUAAGCCUAGAAACAUUUUCCUUCAUGGACCUGAGUGCCAUGUGAAGAUAGGGGACUUUGGAUUGGCUUGCCGGAACAUAAUAAUGGACGAACAUGAGCAGCGGCCCUCCAGCUCUCAAGCAGGUGUAAACACAGACUCAGCUCACACUAGUGGAGUGGGAACUUUUGUUUACGCUGGCCCAGAACAACUUGAGGGUUCUCACUAUGAUUCAAAGUCAGAUCUGUACAGUAUAGGAGUGAUUGCCUUUGAGUUAUUCCAGCCAUUUGGGACCGAGAUGGAGCGUGUGCACACACUUGGAGAACUACGGCAGGGCAAGAUCCCUAACACUCUAUCUAAAAGCUGGCCACUUCUGGCCAAGUAUAUCACCCUACUGACCAGCACUGAUCCCUUAGUGCGACCAAGUGCAUCUCAGUUACUUCAGAGUGACCUCUUCAGCGCCAAUGACAUGGUUAUUCACAGUUUGAAACGCAAGCUUGAUGAACAAGAAGAAGAAAUUGUUCAGCUCAGGAGACAGAUCAGUGAGCUACAGAUCUCUCAAAAUGCAAUACACAGUCCAGAAAAUAUAUAAUAAUAGUCACUCUUUUGAAAUGCCAUAAGUGCUCAAUAUUUGUAUAUAUUAUAUGAAUUGUUGUAUGUGUGAGUGCAGCUCUGCUUGUAUGUAUAUAAAUGAGUGCCAUAUUUAACUUGACAAAAGGUUUGUAAAGUAAAGUCCCAUGCCAAUGGUGCAUUAGUCUCCAUUUAUCUGACUCUUUAAAGCUGAGUAAAUAUCACCUCAAAAGUAAAUAGUACCUCAAUAGUAUUCUUAAUAAACAUGAAAAUUAUUGCCCAAUUAUGAUGAAU